GGACAACCAAACCCUAAAGACAAGGAUGUCCCGAAGCCAACCACUGACCUGUCAGAGGACUUGUUCAAAGUUCAUGACUUUGAUGUGAAGAUUGACCUUCAGGUUCCCAAUGCAGAAGCAAAGAGUCUGUCUGUGAGCUCCAACGCUCUUCCAGUGAAGGACGGCGCCCCCCGCAGGUCCCUCAACCUGGAGGACUACAAGAAGAGGCGGGGCCUGAUCUGACAAGCCCCGCCUUCACAAUCACACUGCAUGUGUUUGGCUGCGUGCACAUGAACUGAACUGUGAGAGAGGUCUAAAUGCAAUAGAUUCUUCAUCUAAACAGAGGAAAUAAAAUCUGAAGAAAGAAGAUUUUUCUCAAAGGAUCACUCUCAGAAGAAUCAUGUCCAGUUAUCACAGACAAGCUGUUGUAUCCAGGUUUUAUAUUUUAUUUACUCUUUCUCCCUUUCAUCUGGAGUCUAUUUUUUCUUUGUUUUGUGUUGUUGUUUUUUUUUUUUUGUUGUUGUUGUUUUUCAGCAGAACAGAGCGCUUGUGUCUUGGACAGGUCCACUACCUCAGAAAUCUUAGGUUCAUUUUGAAAACUUCCUGGACAUCUGAUGCAGUGGACAUGUUGUCCUCAAAGACAACAAAUUAUUGUAAAGACUGGACUUUUCUGAAACACAUGAUCACCUGCCCUGCAGCUUGUCCUGAUCAUGAAAGGUUGUUUUUUUUUKUUGUUGUUGUUUUUUUGUUGACUAGAUGAUGACACAUUGAUUUGACGUUAAAACACAGCCCUCCAUUAAAGUGAUAAAGGUUCAGAGUGUGGCAGCUGGACAUGUGUGACUGUUCGGGACUUUUAAAAUACUUUGAUGUAGGAACUUUUUUGGGCCAGAUUCUAAAAGUGAUGCUUCAUUUGUCCUUUUUUUAAUGGCUUCAACGUCCCUGCCAGGAAUUACCAGAGCAGAUUCAUUCAGAAAUGUUAUUGAGUGUGUCCAUAGUCAGUUCCUGUAUUGAUGUGGCAUGCCAUGUAAAUAUGCAUUUUCAAGUGAGUGCAGAAAAAAUAAAAGAUGCACUGUUUCAUAA